GCGCGGCGGUGGCGUCGCGAGAUUCCGGCUUCCACCCGCUGUGACGUUCCUGGGAGGCGGCGGCGUGCGCGCGGCCCGUCGCCAUUGGGCUGGCCUUGCGGAGGGCGGGGUCGGCUCCGCCCGCACUUCUCGGCCUUUCCUAACUGCGGCAGAUGGGAGGGGGCCAGAAGAGCCGGGGAGAGAGUGCGGCUGCGCAGUUCCAGAGGCGGCAGUGGGCGUUGCGGUUGCUGCGGUCUGGGCCCAGGGAAGGAUCGUGUUGGGAGCCGAGUUUUAAUUUUGUCUGCAAGGGACCUGGCCUAAUAAGAGGCACUCUUGGCAAUCUUGUUUAUAACAUCACCGGGAAAUACUAGCCGGACACCAUGAGUGGUUGUCGAGUAUUUAUCGGGAGGUUAAAUCCAGCGGCCAGGGAGAAAGACGUGGAAAGAUUCUUCAAGGGGUAUGGACGAAUAAGAGAUAUUGAUCUGAAAAGAGGCUUUGGUUUUGUGGAAUUUGAGGAUCCCAGGGAUGCGGAUGAUGCCGUAUAUGAACUCGAUGGAAAAGAACUGUGCAGUGAGAGGGUUACUAUUGAACAUGCUAGAGCUCGGUCUCGAGGUGGACGAGGUCGAGGACGCUAUUCUGACCGUUUUAGUAGUCGCAGACCUCGAAAUGAUAGACGAAAUGCUCCACCUGUAAGAACAGAAAAUCGGCUUAUAGUUGAGAAUUUAUCUUCAAGAGUCAGCUGGCAGGAUCUCAAAGAUUUCAUGAGACAAGCUGGGGAAGUAACCUUUGCGGAUGCACAUCGACCUAAAUUAAAUGAAGGGGUGGUUGAGUUCGCCUCUUACGGUGAUUUAAAGAAUGCUAUUGAAAAACUUUCUGGAAAGGAAAUAAAUGGGAGAAAAAUCAAAUUAAUUGAAGGCAGCAAAAGGCACAGUAGGUCACGGAGCAGGUCUCGUUCCAGGACCAGGAGUUCCUCUAGGUCUCGUAGCCGGUCUCGGUCCCGGAGUCGCAAGUCUUACAGCCGGUCCAGGAGCCGGAGCCGGAGCCGGAGCAAGUCCCGUUCUGUUAGUAGGUCUCCUGUGCCUGAGAAGAGCCAGAAACGUGGUUCUUCAAGUAGAUCUAAGUCUCCAGCAUCUGUGGAUCGCCAGAGGUCCAGGUCCCGAUCCCGGUCAAGGUCCAGAUCAGUUGACAGUGGCAAUUAAACUGUAAAUAACUUGCCCUGGGGGCCUUUUUUUAAAAAACAAAACAAAUUCCCAAACCAUACUUGCUAAAAAUUCUGGUAAGUAUGUGCUUUUCUGUGGGGGGGGUGGGAUUUGGAGGGGGGGUGGGUUGGGCUGGAAAUCUUUGUAGAUGUGGACCACCAGGGGUUGUUGAAAACUAAUUGUAUUAAAUGUCUUUUGAUAAGCCUUCCGCUCACAUUUUUGUGAAUGUCUGAAGUGUAUAGUUUGUGUAUAUUGAGAGAGCUCUUUUAUAACUAAAGCAAAUUUAAUUUUUUUGUACUAGAAAAGAUUUGAACAUUUUAGUUCUUGGUUAUUCAAAUAUGUUAAUUCAGAAUUAGUUUAAUGCCUCAAUUAAACUAAUUAAUAGCUUUGGACAUUUAAAAGAGCUCUGAAUUUGCUUGUACAUAAAGGCUUGAGUUUUCCUUGUUAGGGUCAAGGGUGUCCUCCCACCCACCCUUUAACAGCUGCCUGACAAAGACAACGGUAAAGCAGCUGUUGUUGAUAAUAAAACAUUAUGAAAACUG